UAAUCAACGAAGAAAGCAGAAAAAUAAAAAAUAAAUAAAUCUAAGCAAAUUGAGCUUAAGAAUCAAUUCCCCUUCCCACCCCCCAAAACAACACACACACACACACUACACACACAACGCACAACAAGCAACAUGUCAUCAUCAACAACAUCCGCGUCAAUGUGCCUGUUGCUUCUGCAAGUUGCGAUAGUUGCGGCACUUCUGCUGGUCCACACAACGCAUGCGCAGCAGUGCGCCUGGGAAUUUGUCCGCACCACAAUGGAUAUUAAGUGCAAUGUACGUUCCCUAGAAGCCGCUGGUGGAGUGCCUCUGGAUUUGCAAGUCGCGGAGACGGCAAAUCGCUUGGAGUUGCAAUGCACUCCGGACUUGUUGCACGCCAGUGAGCUGGCGCCUGGCAUGUUUGCGCGGCUGCAAAAGUUAUCCGAAUUGCAGGUGGACUCGUGCAAAUUGCAACGUAUACCACCGAAUGCCUUUGAGGGUCUUAUGUCGCUGAAGCGUCUGAAUCUGGAGACGCACAACGCCAUGUGGGGACCGGGCAAGACGCUGGAGCUGCACAGCCAGUCGUUUCAUGGCCUCCGUGAAUUGAGUGAGUUGCAUUUGGGUGAUAAUAAUGUGCGGUCGCUGCCCGAGGGUUUGUGGUGUGCCAUGCCAAGUCUGCAGCUGCUCAAUCUUACCCAGAAUCGUAUACGUUCCGCCGAGUAUUUGGGUUUCUCGGAGAAACUCUGCCUGGGAUCGGCCCUGGGCAAUGCCAAUGGAGCUGUCAGCGGUGGCUCCGAGUUGCAAGUUCUCGAUGUGUCGUUCAAUGAGUUGCGCUCUUUGCCAGAUGCUUGGGGCGCUUCACGCCUGCGUCGCCUACAGACAUUGAGUUUGCAGCACAAUAACAUCAGUUCGCUGGCUCCCAAUUCAUUGGCCGGUUUGAGUUCGCUGCGUGUGCUGAAUUUAUCGUACAAUCAUUUGGAAUCACUGCCCGCUGAUGCUUUUGCCGGGAAUAAGGAGUUGCGAGAGUUGCAUUUGCAAGGCAACGAUUUGUAUGACCUGCCCAAGGGUCUCCUACAUCGUCUCGAACAGCUGCUGGUGCUCGAUCUGAGUGGCAAUCAGCUGACCAGUCAUCAUGUCGACAAUAACACCUUUGCCGGAUUAAUUCGUCUCAUCGUUCUCAAUCUAUCGAACAAUGCUUUGACCCGCAUUGGUGCCAAGACAUUUAAGGAGUUGUAUUUCCUGCAAAUUUUGGACAUGCGCAACAAUUCCAUUGGACACAUCGAGGAGGGUGCCUUCUUGCCUCUGUACAAUUUGCAUACCCUGAAUCUUGCCGAGAAUCGUCUCCACACACUGGACAACAAAAUCUUCAAUGGUCUGUAUGUGCUGACUAAAUUGACGCUGAACAACAAUCUCGUUAGCAUUGUGGAAUCGCAAGCCUUCCGUAAUUGCUCUGAUUUGAAGGAAUUGGAUUUGAGCUCCAAUCAAUUGGUGGAAGUUCCCGAAGCUGUGCAAGAUCUUAGCAUGCUGAAGACUCUGGAUUUGGGUGAGAAUCAAAUAUCGGACUUUAAGAAUGGAACAUUCCGUAAUUUGAAUCAACUGACGGGUCUGCGUUUAAUCGACAAUCGCAUUGGUAACAUCACAGUGGGCAUGUUCCAGGAUCUGCCACGUCUAAGUGUUCUUAAUUUGGCCAAAAAUCGCAUUCAGAGCAUUGAACGUGGUGCUUUCGAUAAGAAUGCAGAGAUUGAAGCCAUACGCCUGGAUAAGAACUUCCUCACCGAUAUCAAUGGCAUCUUUGCCACUUUGGUGUCAUUGCUCUGGCUGAAUCUCUCGGAGAAUCAUUUGGUUUGGUUCGAUUACGCCUUCAUUCCAUCGAAUUUAAAGUGGUUGGAUAUCCAUGGCAAUUAUAUUGAGGCUUUGGGCAAUUACUAUAAACUACAGGAGGAGAUUCGCGUGACAACUUUGGAUGCCAGUCAUAAUCGCAUCACAGAAAUUGGUGCCAUGUCGGUGCCCAAUUCGAUUGAGCUGCUAUUCAUUAACAACAACAUCAUUAGCCAAAUUCAGGCCAACAGUUUUGUGGACAAGACCAAAUUGGCUCGUGUCGAUCUGUAUGCCAAUGUGUUGUCCAAGAUUUCAUUGAAUGCUCUGCGUGUGGCUCCAGUGCCUACAGAUAAACCAGUGCCCGAGUUCUAUUUGGGUGGCAAUCCCUUCGAGUGUGAUUGUUCCAUGGAAUGGCUGCAACGCAUCAACAAUUUGACCACCAGACAACAUCCUCGUGUCGUCGAUUUGGGUAACAUUGAAUGCCUUAUGCCACACAGUCGCAAUGCUCCACUCAGACCCUUGUCGAGUUUGUCUGCCACGGAUUUCGUCUGCAAAUACGACACUCAUUGUCCGCCCACGUGCCACUGCUGCGAGUACGAGCAAUGCGAAUGCGAAGUCAUCUGUCCCAAUAAUUGCAGUUGCUUCCAUGAUGCUACUUGGUCUACGAACAUUGUGGAUUGCGGCAAACAGGAUUUGAGUCAAGUGCCAGCAAAGAUUCCUCAAGAUGUGAGUGACCUUUACUUGGAUGGCAAUAAUAUUCCCCACUUGGAGUUGGGUCAGCUGAUGGGCAAGCGAAACUUGCGUGCCCUUUACCUCAACUCAUCGAAUGUGAUGACUCUGCGCAAUGGAAGUCUGGAUCAAUUGGGAAUGCUGCGUGUCCUGCAUUUGGAGAACAACAAAUUGACUACCCUGGAGGGACCUGAAUUCCGUUCGCUAAGCAUGUUGCGUGAAUUGUAUCUGCAUAACAAUAUGCUGACCCACAUUUCGAAUGCCACCUUCGAACCUCUGGUCUCGCUGAAGGUUCUUCGUCUGGAUAACAAUCGUCUCAGCUCUCUGCCCAAUCUGCAGUAUCGCAACAGUUUGCAGGGUCUAACCUUGGGUCGCAAUUCCUGGUCAUGCCGUUGCCAACAGCUGCGUGAGUUGGCCCAGUUCGUGUCGGACAAUGCCAUGAUUGUGCGGGAUUCACAGGAUAUCUACUGCCUGGAUGCGGGCAUUAAGCGGGAACUGGAACUGCUUGGCAAUGUCCAAGGUACUGAUUGCUCCGAAUUGCUUGAUGCCAGUGCCAGCAACAUCUCCUCGGCUCAGGAUAUCGCCGGUGGCUAUCGUCUGCCCUUGUUGGCUGCCAUUCUGGUGCUCAUCUUCCUGGUGGUUGUCCUCAUCAUUGUCUUUGUCUUCCGGGAGAGUGUUCGCAUGUGGCUGUUUGCCCACUAUGGAGUGAGAGUAUGCGAACCACGCUUCGAAGAUGCCGGCAAGCUGUACGAUGCCAUUAUCUUGCAUUCGGAGAAGGACUAUGAGUUUGUGUGCCGUAAUAUUGCCGCCGAAUUGGAGCAUGGACGUCCACCCUUCCGUCUAUGCAUUCAGCAGAGAGACUUGCCUCCCCAGGCUUCCCACUUGCAGUUGGUCGAGGGCGCACGUGCUUCGAGGAAAAUAAUUUUGGUGCUCACACGCAAUCUCUUGGCCACGGAAUGGAAUCGCAUUGAGUUCCGCAACGCUUUUCAUGAGGCUCUACGUGGUCUAGCCCAAAAGUUGGUGAUUAUUGAGGAGACCAGCGUCUCAAGUGAAGCCGAAGAUGUGGCCGAAUUGGCGCCCUAUCUGAAGUCUGUGCCAUCCAAUCGCCUGCUCACCUGCGAUCGUUACUUCUGGGAGAAGCUGCGCUAUGCCAUACCCAUUGAGCUGUCGCCACGCGGCAAUAACUACACUCUGGAUCAUCAUGAGCGCUUCAAGCAGCCCGUCUCACCAGGCAUGAUCUUCCGUCAGGCACCACCUCCGCCAGCCUACUACUGCACCGAGGACAUGGAGGCCAAUUACAGCUCUGCCACAACAGCCACACCCUCACCACGACCCACCCGCCCUGGAGGUCCAGCACGCAUUGUCGACUCUAUGCCCCUUUCGAUGCCCAUGCGUCCGCCCUCGGAGCAUAUCUACCAUAGCAUUGAAUCGGAAUACAGUGCCUACGAUCAACAUGAAGCUUUGUCCAUGAUUCCCACUGGCCUAAUGCAUCAUCAGCAGCAGCAGCAACACCACCAGCAGCUGGCGGCGGCGCGUCACCAUCAGCAGCAGCAGCAACGUCUAUUACAACCCCAAUUCCGAGCUGGAGUCGGCGCAAUGCCGACUCUGCAGCAGCAGCAACCCCAACAGGCUACAGCUCCUGUACAUUUGCGCAGUGGCAGCGGUCUCAGUCAGGCUAGCACUAGCACGCAGUCAACUGCGCAAGCUUCCACUUCCGCUGCCGCAGCGCAGCAGCAGCAACAGCAGCAGCAGCAGCAAGCAGCUGUCAAUGAGACAGCCAAUAAGAAUGGACAAGCUUUCCUGGUGUAAGCUCUAGCUAUCCCUUUCUAACCUAACUACUGAUCCUGCUGAUCCUGCGAAAUGGCGGCCAUUGGAACAACAAGACUUCUUCAUAGGCAUUUCUCCUGUUUAUUUUUAUUAUUAUUAUUAUUAUUAUUAUUGUAAUAACUAUAUUAGCCUAGCGCCUUUGGUGUUCAUGUGUGAGAGAUAACUGUUGUUUGAUGUUUUCUUAGUUGUGUAGCACAGCCAAAAAAAAAACCCACAUGCACACAAACAAACACACACUCACACAGAGAGAGAAACACGCACAUACAUACAUAUACAAAUAUUUACUAGAAAUGUUGCAAAAAACACUUUCAAAUUCAAUGUGAUAUAUAUAAUUAAAUCGAUAAACGAUAAAAUGCCCCCUAACUGUAAUUUGUAGACCUUUACAACAGUAUAAAUAUAUACAUAUAUAUAUUUAGUAGUUCUAGUUCUAGCCAGGCAAGAGAGAACCUACAACACACAAAAAACAACAACAAAAAAACUAAACUAAAUAAAA